GGAAAAUACAACAAUUACAGCAGCAACAGAGGCACAAAAGAACACCAUGGCCUUGCCAUUUGCCGGCAGACACUGCGUCGUCGUCGGUGCCACCGGCGUCAUCGGCUCCUCCAUUGCAAAGGCAUUCGCCCAACAUGGCGCCGUGGUGUCGCUCCUCGGCCGCUCAGCCAUCCACAUUCGCCAUAAGCUAGAACCGCAGCUUCGUCCGUACAGCCUACCCGAGACUGGCGAUGGCACGGAAAACGCAGCCGCUUCAGCUGAUAUUCCUUCUGUUCACCGGUUUAUUCGCCUUGAUGCUUCGAAUCGGGAAGAAAUCAAGGCCUUGUUUAGCUCACGGGCAUCAUCGUCAUCCGAGCCUCGACGCGAUGCUUCCAUUGGACCCAUCGAUAUUCUCGUCAACUGUGCCGGCAUCUCUCAAACCACGCUGCUGAAGCGAACUCCUGAUGAGGAACUCUCAAGUAUUGUCGACACAAAUCUACUUGCCACCAUGCUGGUAUGCAAGCACGCAAAGAUGAGACCCAACGGCUGCAUUAUAAACGUCUCUAGCCUUAUGGCAACAAAAGGGGGGCUUGGCGCCACAGCUUACGCUGCAUCCAAGGCUGGCGUAAUUGGCUUUACCCGUGCCCUGUGCCGUGAAAUGGCGUCUCGUUCUAUCCGUGUAAAUGCUCUGCUGCCCGGUUGGGUCAACAGCUCCAUGUGGACUGAUCUCAAGCCAGACAUUCAGCAAGCUUACCUCAAAGAUACGCCCCUUAAUAGAGUAGCGGAUCCCGCAGAGGUUGCCGAUGCCGCUCUAUUUCUAGCGUCCAACGGCUUCGCAAACAAUUGUAUCCUCAACCUUGAUGGUGGGCUGAGUGCUGCCUAAAGACAAUGCAGCAAGCCUGUCAGGAAUGCUAUAAUCAGUCGUCGAUGACGAUGGCACCACCGGCAUCUUCUACGACUACCACGUCAUCAUCUGCAGAGCUGAUGAUCUUGGCCUUUUUGAAAGGGGGGCUCUCAUCAUCAGGGAGCGCCCUCUUAAUGCCCUUAGAUUCCUCUACCACUUCAUCGUCCAGAGAAUGCUUUCCGUUUUGUUGGCUAUGGCCGUUGCCGUUGGUCUCAGCUGGCGAGGAUUUCUUUGGCUUAUGAGGAAUUUCGGGACGACCGGCAUGUACC